AACACACCUCCAGUAGAAUAAAGUGGGAUUAUAGAGCUCAGCAUAUAAUGGGGAGGAAGGACAACGACUGCGAAACCUGGAGAGGUGGUGACGUCCCUGAAACCAACUUUCACUCCGAUACAAAGUCUGGAAGCGUCAAGCAACGAACACAACAACCUGCCGUGGGAACGUAUGACUCGUCUGACGAUGCUUCACUUCGGCUGGAAUCAGUUCUUCUCUGCACUGAUGACGAUGGGAGUAAUGGCUUCCAGGACGUCGAGGCCUGCGACGACGACGAAGAUGGACACCUGGACUAUCACAUCGGCCUCAGAAUGAAAGAAAGAUAUGAGGUGGUCUCCACGCUGGGAGAGGGAGCGUUCGGACGAGUGGUGGAGUGCAUUGACAGAGACACAGAUGAGCUCGUAGCUGUGAAGAUUGUGAGGAACUUCGAGAGCUUCUCUAAAGUAGCCAGAUCUGAGAUUGCUGUGCUGGAGGAGAUCAAGAGCCUGGAUGACGACAACAGAUUUGCUUGCGUUAGGAUGCUGGACUGGUUUGAAUACAAAGGACACAUCUGCAUCGUGUUCGAGCUGCUCGGUCUCAGCACCUUCGAGUUCCUCCGACGGAACAACUUCCACCCAUUCAGCGUGGAGCAGAUCAGGCGGAUGGCCUACCAGAUCUUCAGAGCAGUCUGCUUCCUGCAUCGUAACAAGCUGACCCACACAGACCUGAAGCCAGAGAACAUCCUGCUUGUCUGCUCCGACUGCGACCUGGAGAUCAACCAGGAGAUCUAUGAGCAGAGGAAACCAAGGAGUCUGGAUGUGAAGGUGGCAGACUUUGGCACUGCCACAUUUGACCAUGAACACCACGAGUCCUUGGUGUCGACGCGCUACUACCGAGCACCAGAGAUCAUACUGGAUCUCGGCUGGAACCAGUCAUGUGACGUUUGGAGUCUGGGCUGCGUCCUCACUGAGUUUUACCAGGGACGAACGCUCUUCCCGAGCCACAACUGUAAAGAGCAUUUGGCCAUGAUGGAGAAGGUCCUGGGCCCGAUUCCCCCUCACCUGCUGAAAAAAACCAGGAAACGGCAUUAUGUUCUCAAUGGGCAUCUGGACUGGGAUGAGCAGAGCUGCUCCGCUGACUACGUCAGGAAAAACUGUCAGCCUCUGAAGAACAUGCAGAGUGAGAGUGAGGCGGAGCGGCAGCUGUUUGACCUCCUCAGCUGCAUGUUGGAGUACGACGUUUGCAGACGGAUCACUCUGGAGGAAGCGCUGUGGCACCCGUUUUUCAGCCCACUGAGGGCUGAGAAGGAACAGCAGCACAGCUAGCACACACAUAUACACGCACACACAUACACACAUACACACACACUCAGAUCUACCUCAGGAUGUAAUUUAUCUCAGCGGUGACUAAACCGCUUAAGCUUUGAGUUCUGGCUUGUAUUUAUUUUUUUAGUUUGACUCAUAGUUUCAGAAAGCAUUCCCUUUUUUUAAAAAAAGAUUUAGUAGACAGACUCGCAACUGUGACGGUUUCACAGUCAUCACUGAGUCAAAAGUAGAGUUUCCAUCACAUAACUUUAGAAAAGAUUAACAAAGUUUUUUGUGUGUUUCAUUAAGUUGGAAGUCAGUUUUGGGAGAAAAGUGACACCUGAGUUGACUGUGCUCCAGUCAGAAAACAUUACCCUUGCAGUUGUUGGCCAUUGUUAGCAAUAGGAGUUAACGGCAAUGCUGUACGUGUUGUUCACCACUAACAAACACGGUACCAACACGUGCUCUGAUAAGAAAAUACAGAAAUGUAAUAUGAAUAAAAAGGACAAAACUGCUAUAACCAGUAAAAAAUAGCUGAGUAUUUACUUUGUUAAUCUGUGUAGCUACUAAACCCAGAGUUAGUUUAGAGAAGGUUUCUCCGACUUUACAAAUUGGAAUUCCGUUUUUUUUUUUUUGACUCAUGGACUUUUGUGCUUAUUUCUACAAGAGUUGUUUUUGCAGUGUACUUACAGUCAGUGAUUUCCAUUGAUGAUUCUUGCUGUCUAGUCAGCAGUUUGUAAAUAAAUGUUUUGCAUUUUGGAGUGUUGUAAUUCUGUAAUUCUGUUUUGUAUAAUGAACCAUAAAUUAUUUUUUGCUUAGUAAAACUUGUAAUGAAGUAAAAUUAUUUUUCCCAUCAAGCAUUUGAGUAAAUGUUUAAAGAUCUACAGCAAAUUAGGCCUUCAAUAAAACACGGCUGCUCAUCAAAGUCUGUGCUUUGCCAUCCUACACAUGUACAGACAUUCUCAUCCUCAUUUUCACAGUACUUUUCAUGAUUUAAUGAUCUUAUAAAUGAGAAUAAACAAUUAUA